AUGGCUUCCAACAAGGCGGAUGCGAUUCUAGACAUCCAAGCCCCUUCGACAGCAUCGGAUCUCCACCAGCCGGGGACUUAUACAUACUACCAUGCCGGCCCUCUCUUCACAAUCGCAGAUUUACAUACCAACGCUCUCCUCGCCAAAGCCGUGCACCAGCACUCGAAUGGCAAAUUCAUCCCCUGCCUACCGCAAGACCUGGAGCAACGCGGAAAUGUUACACCUCAAAAUAUCAGAGACAAGGAUAUUCGAUCGCUCCUUAGCUGUGAUCUGGCUCUGAUUACAUAUGAUGGCGCCGAGCUGGAUUCUGGGACCGUGGUGGAGUUCAUGAUUGCCAAAAUGGCAGAUAUCCCCGCAGUGAUUCUGAGGAGUGAUUUCCGUGGCGGAGGGGAUCAGAGUGGUGGACAGCCAUGGAAUCUGAUGAGCAGUUUUUGGCCCAGGACGGAGGCGGUGGUGGUUGAUGCGAUGCUGGGGUAUAAGCAAGCUCUUGCGGGCGCUGGAUCGGCUGGUGAGAUUCUGAUUGAGAAGACGGCGAAGCAGUGUGUCGCUGCCAUGGAGCAAGCGCUGAAGAAGCCGUCGCGGAUGCCCAAAGAAUUGCGGGAGAGCGUUUAUCGCUGGCUGGCGCUCAUGCCGGGCUAUGCUGAAGGUGACGAUCAGAGCGAUACGAGCGAUAUGCUACGGCUCCUUGCUCUGAAAGAGCAGAAGGGUAUGUUCAAUUAG